CCCUACCCUCCGCCCUCGGUGCAUCUGACGCCCCAGUUCCUGCGCCUAGUAGCUCUCUUCCACCGGCAGUUGCGUGGUCUGGUGGCCUCUCGUGCGGAUCUCCUUUUUCUGCGGACGGCACAAAAACUCGCGUCCUACGGCAUCGAACUGCACCGGGCUGCGCCCGACUCUUGUCCAUGCCUUCGGAAGUUGCAGCCACCUUCCUCAGCGUUGCAACCGGACGUCGCUGUCGACAGGGUCCGCUCCUCGUCCGACCGUGCUUCCGGCGCCGGCACCGCCUUUUCCAGGAGUGCUUUCGAUCGACGGAGUCUGCAACAGCGGCCCGCACAGACUGCCUCUCUACCCGCCGCCGCCUUUCAGCGAAGUUUAAGCCUUGCCUUUCGUACAUCCAACAAUCCUCGAUCGCUACAAGUCUGUGGCGCACUAAUGAUACUAUCCGUCGCCGUGGUCGAUCUGUCGUUGUGGAAUCGGGCCAACUCCCUUGGGUGA